CGGCGAUUCCAGCUGUGGCGGAACUCCUGUGCUUGCGGCUGAUUUUGUUCGAGCUAUCAAUGAUUUCGGCGACUUCACUUGCAUCACUACCGACAACGAUGAAAUGUAGUAGAAGACGAAUGCCGUAAUCGUAUUCAGGUUGUAUCCCUUUUUCCAUUGGUGGGCCGGAACUACUUCUUAUGGAUCCAUACUCAUUGAAGUCGGUGACUGAUUUGCCUGCUACAUUUCAUUCAUUUUUCAGUUUCAGAUAUUUCAAUUCACUACAGAGUGAAUGCUUUUCUUCUUGUUUUCUCUCUGAUAUAAACAUGGUUAUUUCUGCGCCAACUGGAAGUGGAAAGACAGUACUUUUUGAACUUUGCAUUUUGAGGCUCCUGUCAAGGUUUAUCUCUGGAGAUGGAAGAUCUCUACAUGUGUUGGGAACCCUCAAAACAAUCUACAUAGCCCCAUCAAAGGCUCUUGUACAAGAAAAGCUCAGAAGUUGGAAUCAAAAGCUUGGUCCAUGGAAUAUAAACUGCCUGGAACUAACAGGAGAUAAUGAAUCGUACAACAUAAAAAAUAUUCAAGAAUCGGACAUCAUCUUAACCACUCCUGAGAAAUUUGAUGUGGUGACUAGCUAUCGCAAAAACAGUGGUGGCUUGAGCUUUUUUAGUGAUAUAGCACUUGUUCUUAUAGAUGAAGUUCAUUUGCUGAACGAUCCACGUGGGGCAGCAUUGGAGGCAAUAGUUAGUAGAAUAAAAAUGCUUGCUCGAAAACCAGAAAUGAAAACAAGUAAUUUGGCUAAUGUCCGUUUCCUUGCUGUUUCUGCCACAGUUCCAAAUAUUGGUGACCUAGCGGGGUGGCUUGAUGUUCCCUCCCAAGGAAUUAAAAGAUUUGGAGAAGAAAUGAGACCUGUGAAGUUGACCACCAAAGUUAUAGGUUAUGCUCCGGCAAAGAAUGACUUUCUGUUUGAAAAACGCUUGCAGAACUACAUUUUCGAUAUUCUUAUGCAAUAUUCCAGAGGAAAGUCUGCUCUUGUUUUCUGCUCAACUCGUAAAGGGGCUCAAGAAGCGGCACAACGACUCUCUCAAAUAGCAAUGACUUUUGGCCACUCAAAUCCCUUCAUUAAGACCAAAGAACAAUUGGAAAGGCUGCAGGAAGCCUCAAUAUCUUGCAGUGAUAAGCAAAUGCAGUCCUACAUUCUCUAUGGUGUGGGAUUUCACAAUGGGGGGCUUUGCUCAAAGGACCGCAACCUUGUAGAAGGUCUUUUCCUAAAUGGUGAUCUUCAAAUUCUUUGCACUACAAACACUCUUGCCCAUGGAAUCAACCUUCCAGCACAUACAGUAGUAAUCAAGUCAACGCAGCACUUCAACAAGGAAAAGGGCCUCUACAUGGAAUAUGAUAGAUCAAUGGUACUCCAGAUGUGUGGUAGGGCGGGUCGACCCCCAUUCGAUGACACGGGAAUGGUUGUAAUCAUGACAAGAAGAGAAACAGUCCAUCUCUAUGAGAAUCUGUUGGGUGGAUGUGAAUUAGUUGAGUCACAACUCCUUCAAUGUGUUACUGAGCAUCUAACAGCAGAGAUUGUCCAACUUACAAUCACUGAUAUCACAAUGGCAAUUGAAUGGAUGAAAUGUUCAUACUUGUAUAUCAGGAUGAAAAAGAACCCUGAGAUCUAUGGCUUGAAGAAAGAGAUUCAAGGUGACCGUUUGGAGAACCAUAUUCAAGAGAUUUGUGUCCAGAAGGUUAAUGAGCUAUCACAGAAUCAAAUGAUUUGGACUGACGAAGAUGGCUUCCUCUUGAAACCACUUGAACCUGGAAGACUGAUGACAAAGUAUUAUUUGAGGUUCAACACCAUGAAGCAUGUCAUGCAGGCAUCGGCUGUUUGCAGUUUGGAGGAUGUUCUUCACAUCAUUUGUCAAGCUGAAGAAAUAUCCUGGAUACAGCUCAGGCGCAAUGAAAAGAAGGUUCUAAAUGACAUAAACUGGGAUAAAGAAGACCGCCUUCGCUUUCAUGUCCUUGGAGAUAAAGGAAAAAAGAAGAGACGCAUUCAGACCAGACAGGAGAAGAUCUUUGUUUUGAUAAAUGACUGUUUGACAGGAGAUCCUUCCCUACGUGAUUUAUCUAUGACCCAGGAUAUGAAUUCUAUAUGCUCGAACGGAUGUAGAAUUGCCAAGUGCAUGAAGGAGUAUUUCAUCCAUAAAAAAUAUUACAGUGGGUUUCUAAAUACAAGUCUCCUAGCCAAAUCCUUGCAUCAGAAACUAUGGGAUGGAUGUCCCUUUUUGCUGAAACAAUUACCUGGAAUUGGAAUGGUAACUGCAAAGGCACUAAUUUCAAUGGGAGUAAAUUCAUUUAAAACACUUACUGAAGCUGACCCAAGGAAGAUAGAGAUUGUCACUGGCCGGAAGUAUCCUUUUGGUAAUCAUAUAAAGGAGGCGCUCUCAUCUCUUCCGCUUAAGGUUGACAUGAAGAUUGAAGAAAUUGAAUGCCAAAGACAAGGCAAACCCAAAGUUGUUGUUACCCUUACUAGGAUGUCUGAAUCACCUCGCUCGACAACAAAGCGACAUUAUGCUGAUAUGGUUGUUGCUUUGGAAGAAGAAAAUAUUAUCCUCUUUCAUGAGAAAAUAAGUGUCGACGAAUUUUCCAGCCCUUAUAGUGCUACCAUUCUGGUUUCAAAUCCCAAACAAGCCAAGGCCACAGUUAAAGCAGAUCUUAUUUUUGAGGAAUUCAUUGGGAUAGAUCUGCAUAAAGAAUGUGUUUUUAAAAAGGAAAACAACAUCCAAAAACAUGGAAUUAAGCAAUCCUCUCUUCCGCAUUCCAACAACCAUGUAUAUGCUAUUGAAGUCAAUAACAAGAACAAUUCCCGUCCUCGCAUCAAAGAAUCUGGACGACGCAACAAGUCUAAAGAGGAUAUCAGUUGCAUGCCCAAUUUUGAACUCAUUGAUGACGAGGUGGAGGGAAUGGAAGAAGUUGUUAAAGGUGGUGGGGCAGCAAAUGAAAGUGAAGAUGACGAUUGCAAAAUCAUAACAGAAAGAGAAAUCUUUGACCACAUUCGUGAAAAAGCAAAGAAAUUUCCUGUGGUGCCUAAUUCGAACACUGAUCAAGCAAUUGUGCCUAUCUCAGAAGCCUUAAUCUUGCUUGGAAAGCGUUCUCGAGUAACAACUAAUAACUCUGAGAGGAGGAGGAGCAAAGCUCCAUGCCUAUCUGUGCUGAUCAGUAGUACUCCAUUCUCAAAUGAACAUGGAAGAAAGAUUAGUGGCGCCAAAAAAGGAGGAGGAGGAGGAGUUGAAGAGACUAAUAAUAAAUGCAAAGGCCCACCAUCACCACCAACAACAAAUGAAGAAGAAGUGUUUAAACUCAUUAGGAGGAAAUCUAAAGACUUUCCAGAAGUCAAUAACCAACUGGCGGCAGAUGAAGUAUUAUUAGACAGAAAAGACUAUAAUAGAAAGAAAGCCUGGUUUGACAUGGAGGAGAAGGAGGAUGGUUCAACAUGGAAACCCAAUCUGCUAUCUCCACCGAUAAUCAGGUCUCCUUCUGCACCUUCUCAUAAUCUUCUUAAAAAGAAAAAUAUAGAAUGGUGUACUUCUGCAUCAUCAUUAACAGCUGAAAACAAGAUAAAAGAAUGUAGAAAGGAGGAAAGUCAGCCAAUUGAAGUGUCAAUAGGUGAGUGCUAUAAUUCUGUUGGAGAGAUUAAGAAGAAAACUCAUAUAUUUAGCGGAUUUAAGAGUGUGUUCUCAUUUCUAUGACGUGCAUAGAUGUCAUAGAUAGUGGUAACAAUUCAUUACCACCUCAAAUAAUAAAACUCUUGGAGUCUAUUCCAUGAAAAACAAAUUAUGAAAUGGGAUGAUGAUAAGUCUGGGGAAUUAGUUUUGAUUGUUAAGUGCAUAAUUACUUCAUUUGAUA